AACUGAGACACUGAGCAGACUCUGAGCUUUCUAGUAACCAGCCCAUUUCUUUUAUUCAGCAGAGCAAAGACCACAAGGAGCUUACAGCUAAAAACCUGAAAUUUUAGAAAGAGGAGAAAACUGGCAGUUAGAAAAUAGUUUCACAGAUUAUUCGAAGAAGAAAUCAUCAAUCUGCAAAAUGCAGGCUGCUCGUCAGUGUUCAGUGUGCACCAGAUGUGCUGUUGUGAGAAAUCAGACGGACUUUUCUCAGCUCCAAAGACGAGGAGUAGCCUCCAUCCGCUACCUCAGCAGCUCUGAGAGUAGGAGGGCUGCGGUCCGGAGGCCUGCCAACCUGACAAACCCCACAAACGUGAGCUUGGCAUCUCUGAGUCUUGGCCACGGACUUUGGCAAGUGGAAAAUCUCUCCCAUGACUCGCUGAUCAGGAGAGCUGCCUCGGUGGUGACCGACAGCUCAAGUACCUUCCUGUCUCAGACAUCCCUGGCUCUCAGCGACGCCCUGACUGACUAUGCAAAAGCUGUACACUCACGCAUUGCCUUCCAAAAGCGAUAUCUGUCAUCCAUGGGGAAGCUGAGUCCGGCAGAGGAGGGAUCUCUCAAGCAGACCAUUAGCAGCUGGCGUGCUGAGGCUGCUGAAAGGCUGAGUGAAUGCAAACGUUAUGAAUCAACUUGGAACAGCGCUGUCAACCUGUGUAAAAUGGCAGCAGAUGCUGCAUACAGCUCUGGAGCCCAGCAGGCAUCCAUCUCCAUCAGAACCAACAUCAAGGUGGCCGAAUCGCAGUUGGAGGAGGCCCGGAAACUGUCAGCGGAGGCUGAGAAAAAACUGGCCGAAACUAAAGUAGAAGAGAUCGAGAGGAUGGCAGAGUACGCAGCUUUCCUGGAGGGCAGCGAAGAGUAUGAGAUUCAAGAGGCAUAUUUACGAGAGGACUGAGACAAAGAGGCUACAUUAUGUUGUAAAUAAACAGUUCGCUGCUGCACAUAUGUUUAGUAUAAUUAAAAAGGAUGUUUGCACUUAGGAAAUGACUUAUUAUUGCUUUAUCAUUUGAAACUAUUUAUUGAUUAUUGAAGGUUUGCAGCUAGAAAACAACAUCACUGCCUGGGGAAGAAAUAUGUAUAUCUUUUCAAAUCAUUAGAUCAUCAAAAAACAGACAUAAACAUAAAAAAACCUAUAUAUGUUUAACAUGUGAAUUGUUUGAAAGUUGACAGUGAAUGCAGACCAUGUUUGUUAUAUUUUACUUGUGUUAAUGAGGUUGCUGGUAACUUCUAAAUAAAGUGAAUAAAAUCU